CAAAUCUACGAAGCUCCAGUAGGGAAUGGGGCCUGUCCCAGGCUGUGGGGAGGAGAGAAGGGUGAGAAAAUCCUAGUGGGGGUGGGGGAUCGUCCAGAAUAAGUAGUCCAGAAACCGGGGUGAGUCUGACGGGUUCAAUUUGGAGUUGGUGCUAAGAUCUGCUCCCUCUCUACUGAGGGUGGAGAGCUCUAGGCCAGUGGCCAAGGGGGCAGUGAGCAGAGGUUGACCUUCCUACCCACAGUGGUGAUUCAUGGAAACAAGCCCCCUAGCUUGUGUGAAUGUGUGUAGGGACAAAAUGUAGAGCCCCUGGCAGCAGUUCUCUCUGAACUGAAUGAGGGUAGAAAGCACAUGGAGAGGAGUUUUCCUUCCAUCCUCCUUAAUCAGUGUAGAAAUAGAUAUCUUUAAUAUUGAAGGGAAGGGGAGAGUGAGCCUGGAAACUUGUAACUAUACCAGUACCCACCCCACCUCCCAGGCCUAGCAGGUGUCUGAGGGUACAGACCCCAUGGUAUUCUGGGACUUGUUGUUUUUGCUGGCUUUGCUCCUUUGGCAUGUUGGGAGCUGUAGUCUGCCAGUCAAAGCCUGGCACAACUGUCUGACGCUAGCUACUGCCUACCCCUUGCACAGAGAGGCGGUUUGGCCUACCCUUCCCCCAAAGUCCUGCCCCAUGAGUCAGCUUGAAGCCAUGGUCUAGAGCCAGACUGGCUAGGUGGCAAGGAAGUGAGUCUUAGAGCUUUUCAUUGACAGGGCAGGAACUGAGAGAGCUUUGGGGUAAUGAGCAGAUGCCAGGCAUGCUGGGGUCAAGUAGGGCAUCAUGUCAUCACCUGGCUUCCCCAGGGUAAGGACUCGAGGCCAACUGGAAUGACCUGGAGGUGGGAAUACUAAGGAAAAGGCCCUUCCUGAAUCUGUAUGGCUUGGGUAGAGGAAAGGAGGGGUAGAGAGAGUACAGUUUGUACCCUCUGACAACACUGCCAUUGGCAUUCUGCCCUUUCCAGCCACCCCACCCACAGGGAACCAGAAUUUUCUUAGGGAUCCCAGUUCUAAUGAGAACUUGGUGAACUAGGUUAGUGUGGGACACAAUAAUGGGAACUUAGUGUAGAAGAGCUUUUCAAUCUCUGGGUGCAAAUCUUCUUUCCCUCCCUGCCCUCCUCUCCUGCCUCUGUUAUUGCUGAUUCUCCCUGUAUUAAUUAAUCUCUGUUUCUCUCAUUCUGGGAGUUUUUCUCUUCAUUGUCAGGACUGCUGCCCAGAUCUCUGGGACUUGCAUUCUACUUUUUUGAGUGCUGCUAUGUGCUUAUUCCUGUGCUUAAAGUUGGGUGGAGUGUGACACAGACCUAUCCUCAAGAAACCAGUUUAUAAAAUGUCUUACAGAGCAGGCAGAACUGUCACUGGGUUACAAGAGAUAGUGAUACUGCCAUAGGUGAGGUCUCAGAGGAGAGAGAGAUUUGUGGUCUGGGGUGGCCAGAGUAGGCUUUCUGAAGGGGAUGGCAUUUGGUCUAGCCAAGGAGGAAGGGUAGGGCUUGGGGAGGCAAACAGAGGGCAUUUCUUGAAGGAGAAAGGGCAUUGUGGAUGUCAGGUAGCACAGGCUCCUGCCCAGAGGAGAAACUUGAUUCUGGGAGCAGUAUUUCCUCUCAUGAAGGAAAAUAGUCUUUAACUUGACAUUCUCCUCACCCAGCAUGGGCUACUGAAGGUGGACUAGUCGGUGAAGACCUUGUGCCCUAGCAAAAAAACAGUGGUUUGGGGUUUUGGGUGUUGGAUAUGUGUUGGUCGUGUUGGGAGGAGUAGAAAGGUACCCCUAGUUGCUUCCAGCUGUCUGACUGCCACUGCCUUAUCUAUAGUUUGCAGGGCCUAGGGGGAGGGGUAGACCCUGAAAAGUGCCUUCUGGCAGUGCCUCCCCCCAACACUUCAGAGUUGUUUUUGGUUAGAUUUGUUGCCUCUAGUUAAAGGGACAGACUGCCUGCCUGCGGCUAUUGGGAGUUUAAGGCUGAAUGGCCUACUUUGAGGUGACUUAAGGGUCCGGCUGAGCCCAGGAGCUGCACGGAAUGGUGGCAGUCACCUUGCCAGUGCAGCGGGCAUGGACCAGACUGCAAGCUAGGAGAGCAAGGCAUCAGUCAGGAAGAGGGAACACACAACUAGGCUUAAGACCUCUUCAUCGGGAUGUUCCCAGGCCCCCCAGCCCAGGCCCAGCAUAAAGGCUGUGGGGGGGGGCCCCCCUGACCCAAGUGGGGGCUUCAUGCGCCACGUGCAGGCGGAGCCAUCUCCAUCCUCAGAGACAGAGGCUGGCCCCUCGCAGCCUGCAGUCAGGCAGGGGGCCCUCCAGGGUGGCCUGCUCAUGGGCUAUAGCCCAGCAGGGGGGGCAACAUCCCCCGGGGUCUACCAGGUAUCCAUCUUUUCCACUCCAGCUGGUACCUCUGAGCUGCAUAGGGCCCUGAAACGGCCAGCCCCGCCCAUUGAGGGUCCCAGGGAGCUGAAGAGAGGCCCUGGGCUGGGGGCCAGAGAGGGACUGCCUCCUGAAGAACCAUCUACAGUGGGGCUUUUGGGCCCAGAGGGGCUGGGGCUGGGACUGGGUGUGGCCAGCCAGCAUUUCUGCCAUCAUGGCCUCUGUGUUGUAGAACAAGAAGGUAGCUCCACCUCACCUUGGACUUCAGUGGCCCAGAGUCCCCCCUGGUCCCCAUCAAAUGCUUCCUGCAAUACUUUGCACACCAGAGACUGGGCUUCCCCAGAUCUAGGGGGACAGAGGUCCCUGGGGGAGUCCCCAGGGCAAGCCCCUCCAGGCCAGCUGCACACACUUGACACUGAUUUGCACAGUCUUGCACAAAUAAGGGGUAAGAGCCCAGUGGCUGGGGUGGGCAAUGGGGGCAGCCCCUGGCCUAGGGAGUCCCCUGGCACUGCCAAUGGGCACAGUCCCGAGCACACACCCCCUGGCCCUGGACCUCCAGGCCCCUGCGCCACCAAGCGAAGGCUGCUUCCUGCUGGAGAAGCCCUGGAUGUCAGCUCUGAGGAUGAGGGGCCAGCCCCUCGGAGGCGCCGGGGAACCCUGGGUCACCCUCCUGCUGCCAACAGUUCUGAUGCCAAAGCCACACCCUUCUGGAGCCACCUGCUGCCUGGGCCCAAGGAGCCUGUGCUGGACCCAACAGACUGCAGUCCCAUGGGGCGGAGGCUAAAAGGUGCCCGUCGCCUGAAGCUGAGCUCCCUUCGAAGCCUCCGGAAGGGGCCAGGCCUGCUGAGCCCCCCCAGUGCCUCCCCUGUUCCUACCCCCACCAUCAGCCGUACCCUGUUGGGCAACUUUGAGGAAUCAUUGCUGCGAGGACGCUUUGCACCAUCUGGCCACAUAGAGGGCUUCACGGCAGAGAUUGGAGCUAGUGGAUCCUACUGCCCCCAGCAUGUCACGCUGCCUGUCACUGUCACCUUCUUCGAUGUUUCUGAGCAAAAUGCCCCGGCUCCCUUCCUGGGCGUCGUGGACCUGAACACCCUGGGGAGGAAGGGUUACAGCGUGCCCAAGGUGGGCACCAUCCAAGUGACCUUAUUUAACCCCAACCAGACUGUGGUGAAGAUGUUCCUUGUGACCUUUGACUUCUCGGACAUGCCUGCUGCCCACAUGACCUUCUUGCGCCAUCGCCUCUUUUUGGUGCCUGUGGGUGAGGAGGGAAAUGCUAGUCCCACCCGCCGCCUCCUCUGCUACUUGCUGCACCUCAGGUUCCGGAGCUCCCGCUCAGGCCGCUUAAGCCUGCAUGGAGACAUCCGUCUGCUUUUUUCCCGUCGGAGCCUGGAACUGGACACAGGGCUCCCCUAUGAAUUGCAGGCUGUGACUGAGGCCCCUCACAAUCCACGUUAUUCACCUUUGCCCUGAUUGCCAGUGCCCUGCACCCACGUGGGCCACAUACCAGCCCAUCCUGCUACAUCCUCGACAGAGCAAACAUGUGGAGAGGUGGCAAGAGAACUUUCAGGCUUGAAUUAAAGCCCUCACCAUGCUCAUGCCCAAAUUGA